AUGACAGGUCGAGAUCAAGGCGAUCGCCUCCCAGAAGAUCUCCUCUUAGGCGAAGAUCACCGCCCAGGGAAAGAUAUCGCUCAAGAAGCUCCCGAUCUCGCGAACGCGAUCGUCGAAUUUCCACCACCUCGAGCCGCUCGCAUCAGUCAGAUUACUCCCGGAAACGCUCGCCAGUUUCUCGCCCCAUCAAGACCUUCGCUCCCAAAUGCGAUCUCUCAGCACUAA